AUGGCUGACCGCAGAGCAGUCCGGCUCCGGGCGUCCUGCGACGCCUGCAACGAGGCCAAGGUGCGCUGCAAUAAAGUAAAGCCUCGCUGUGCACGCUGCGACAAGCAGAGUCUCCCAUGUAUGUACGGUCUAUCGCGUCGCAGCCACAAAGAUGCUCCACGGAUCGGGGCGUUGCAGGACCCAGCAGCAGUUGCAGCGGCAGCGGCAGCGGCAGAAGCAGAAGCAGAAGCAGAAGCAGAAGCAGAAGCAGAAGCAGAAGCAGCAUUCUGCGCACCCCCGCCCAGCAAUCCCAGUCACAGUCACAAUCACUGUCACUGUCACGCGCCACCUCGUACUUCAGGGACUACUUCGCCCACGACAAUACCAGGAUUCUCACGCCGGGAGCUCGCUCAGCCGGAUGGCGGCCCCUUUGCCUCGCCCGGCAUGCCUUUGUUAGGACUAGGAUCUUUGCCUUUCCACACUGAUGCCUCGCAUGUUCUCGAUCUGUGCAUUGACCACUUUCACGCCCAAGAUAACGACGCCAUGGACCUCGAUACAGCGCUGAAGUCUAUGGGAGAUAUGUUUCCUAUGGCUAUGAACGACACUCCUUAUCAAUGGCAGAACAUCCCCAGCGGCAAUCCCACUGCAGAGCCCGUGUCCUCUCCGGGUAUAGAUGCUAGCGGGACCUGGGACCCCCUGGUUAGUGAGCCCCAGCACGGAAAUGGAGGUGCAGCAGCGGACUUCACCAUCCUCAAAGACACGUCAACACCACAUGCAUGUAGCUGUUUAUCGGAGGUGCUCAAGCAGCUCACUUCUAUGCCGCUGAGUGCCUCAGACGAGGACAGCAUGGCCUCAUUUGACAUCCAGCUAUCCCGGCUCAGACGUGCCGUGAAAGUAGCAGAAGCCUGCAUCGGCUGCAGUUGCAUCGCGCGAGAUGAAAUGACUAUCUUAUUAAAUAGUAUCCUCAUCGGCUGCGCCCUGCAAGACUUCGAGAAGACUCUCUCAAAAUUGCGCCUCGACACAACGCAGCGAGCCAGCUACAACAACGGCGACAGUAGCCUGCCUGCAAGCCAGCAGCAGCAGCACGACAUCUUUAAGGCUACCAGUAGUACCAAUACCAAUACUGUACCCCCAAAGCUCUCGUGGGGCGUGCUCCAAAUCGAACCAGACGAGGAAGAAGAACUGAAAGAACAUAUGUGGCUGCUGCAAUUCCGAAAGCUUGGCCGUGUGUUGAACGUGUUUAGCUCUUCCUUAGACCUUCUUCGCAGUGCAGGCUCACAUAGUGCCAGUGGCUCGUCCACGCAUGCCACGGCCUGUCGGUGUAUCCAUAUGUGGCUGGUGCAGAAGGCACAGCGUAUAAGCAGCCGUUACGAGCGCGAGCACGAUACAUCUAGACCUCCCUCGUCGAUGGACGCUUUUCAUUCAAUCAAAGAAUAG